UCCUUUGAUUCUCAGCGCACCAAAACCAUAUUUGUUGACAAGGACAUGGCAGAAAUCUGUGCCAUCAAAUCAUCACUUCCGUUUGUUAAUAUUCGACUUUGUGCUUUCCACACGACGACUGCCGUUAAGAAGGCUUUACAACAGAAAAAGCUGUCCUCUUCUCAAAUAUCUUGUCUCAUUGAUCUGUUCAUAGAACAGAGAUCCUGCAUGGACAUGUCAAAAUACAAUGCCCUCAAAGACAAGAUUUCUGAAAUCUCACCUCCUGAUGUUUUAUCCUACUUUGUUUGUAACUGGUGGAACUGUCCCCAACUCUGGGCUGCUUCUUUCCUGGAGUCUCCAACAUUUCACAUAACAACGACAAAUCAUGCCGAAACAUUCCAUCAGAAAAUUAAGAGAGUUCUGUCCACGAAAACUCCACUGAGCAUCUCCAUCACCGAACUCCUCAGUGUUACAAAAUACACAAUGCAAUCCAGAGAUGCAUCUGCUUCCAUACAGGCAAUGUCAUUGAAGUACAAUACAAGGCAUAAUUCUGACACUAUUAAUACCAUACAGAAUGACCUCACUCCUUUUGCAGCCAAACUUGUUUCAGAACAGUUUAUUCUCUCUCAACAUACUCAUUAUGUCGCUCAGUGUUCUUUAAAUUUGCCUGAAACAUACAUUCUGUCCUCUUCAACUUCUGGCUCAUCUCAAUACAACUGUACCAUUAACUCCUGUUCUUGCGAC